GCGUUCGGGCAGAGGGGGGAAGAGGAGGGGCGACAGGGAAUCCCAGAAAGGAGUCACACAAAUAUCGCGUUGCUGCUGCUUCUGCUUGCCCAGUCUUGCUGAGAGCGAAGAUGGACGACUGAAGAAGAAACGGCGUUUUCUCGAAAGGAGAGUUAAGUGUGCGCCGACCGAACGAGGAGCUCCGGCUUGAGAAAGCGACUCUGGGCUGCGGUCCUCCCGUGAGACGUCAAGCAGGCGUUUGGCCCAGUUGGGCUUUCCAAAAGUGGCAAUUCUCGCGUGAAAAGAAGCUCGCGUUUCUCGCGGGCGCUGUUGGGACACAGCAGGACGAGUCAAGAUCAGGUUGGAGCUCCUAAAUAGGAGUCACAACUCCCUCCGCAACCGAAUCCAGACGGACAAACCUCUGGCGGGUUGUCAAGGAUGCCCGGACAACAACUGUCAAGAGUGAGCUUCCGCUUGGCGGCUUGUUUUUAUUGACACGAAUUAGGAGCAGACACAAUGGGGCCGCUCGCUAUUUGUGUCACGACGUGCUCCUCCUCGACGUGACACCGGACCCCUCAGCUCAGGACUUUCCUGCUGCUGUUGCGGUGCCGUUCGGCUGGAAGCUGAAGUGCCGUUCGGUCCGAACGUAGAACGGAGCGAGCUCGUUCUUUUUUAUUGCCCUUGCACUUGAUGAAGACAUGGAUGACUCGGGCAUUAUACGACGCCGGAGGCUGCAGAAGGAUUUGCCGCUGCCUCGCAAGAGCAGCAGCUGUCGAACAAGCAACAGGAAAAGCCUCAUCUUGACCACCACCUCCCCCACUCUGCCUCGCCCACACUCCCCUCUGCCUCUCCCCGGACACCUCGGAAGUAGUCCACUGGACAGCCCGAGAAACUUCUCUCCGAGCACCCCCGCGCACUUCUCCUUCGCCUCCUCCAGAAGGGCCGACGGACGACGUUGGUCUUUAGCAUCUUUGCCCUCGUCUGGUUAUGGCACCAACACUCCCAGCUCAACAUCGUCCAGCUCCUCUCAUGAGCGGCUGCACCAGCUGCCGUUCCAGCCCACCAUGGAUGAGCUCCACUUCUUAUCCAAGCACUUUGGCAGCACGGAGAGCAUCACGGAUGACGAUGGCGGACGCUCGUCUCCGCAUAUGCGCCCGCGCUCCCGCAGUCUCAGCCCGGGACGCUCGUCUUCCUGCUACGAUAACGAGAUCGUCAUGAUGAACCACGUGUACAAGGAGCGCUUUCCAAAGGCUACUGCGCAGAUGGAAGGGAGGCUUGCCGAGUUCAUCCACGCUUACGCUCCUGAAAAUGUUCUCCCGCUAGCCGACGGGGUUCUCAGCUUCAUCCACCACCAGAUCGCUGAGCUCUCAAGGGACUGCCUGACGAAAUCCUGCGAGGGACUCAUCACAUCCGUCUACUUUUUCGAGCUGCAGGAAAACCUGGAGAAGCUACUCCAUGAUGCCUUUGAACGUUCAGAGAGCUCAGAGGUGGCUUUUGUCACGGAGUUGGUGAAAAAGCUUCUCAUCAUCAUAUCCCGACCCGCUCGGCUCUUGGAGUGUCUGGAAUUCAACCCGGAGGAGUUUUACCAUCUGCUGGAGGCCGCGGAAGAUGUCGCCAAGGAAGGUCACCUGGUGAAAACCGACAUCCCUCGUUACAUCGUCAGCCAGCUAGGACUCACCAGAGAUCCGUUUGAAGAUAUGGUAAACCUUGAUAGUUAUGACAGCGAAGGACCUCUAACACCUGAAACCGAUGACUCGGCAGAGGGGAAGAUUAAAGCAAUGAAACCACCAGGUGAAGCAGACUUCCAGACCAUCAAGCUCAUUAGCCACGGAGCAUACGGUGCCGUAUAUCUGGUCCGACACCUGGAGACGCGUCAGCGUUUUGCCAUGAAGAAAAUUAACAAGCAAAACCUGAUCCUGAGGAACCAGAUCCAACAGGCCUUUGUGGAGAGAGACAUCCUCACAUUUGCCGAGAACCCCUUUGUGGUCUCCAUGUUCUGUUCCUUUGAGACCCGUCGGCACCUGUGCAUGGUCAUGGAGUAUGUCGAAGGAGGAGACUGUGCCACUCUGCUGAAGAACAUCGGGGCUCUUCCGGUGGAAAUGGCUCGAAUGUACUUUGCUGAAACCGUCCUUGCGCUCGAAUACUUACACAACUACGGCAUUGUGCACCGCGACCUCAAGCCGGACAACCUUCUCAUAACGUCAAUGGGCCACAUCAAGCUUACGGACUUUGGCCUGUCCAAAAUGGGUCUGAUGAGUCUGACGACCAACCUGUACGAAGGACACAUCGAAAAGGACACCCGUGAGUUCUUGGAUAAGCAGGUGUGUGGAACCCCGGAGUAUAUUGCGCCCGAGGUCAUUCUUCGUCAAGGUUACGGAAAGCCCGUGGACUGGUGGGCUAUGGGUAUCAUCUUGUAUGAGUUCUUGGUCGGGUGCGUGCCUUUUUUUGGAGACACUCCGGAGGAGCUAUUUGGGCAGGUGAUAACCGAUGACAUUGUCUGGCCUGAAGGAGAUGAGGCGCUCCCUCUUGACGCCCAACAUCUCAUCGCCUCUCUUUUACAGACGAAUCCACUUGUUCGACUCGGAACAGGGGGUGCUUUUGAAGUGAAGCAGCACGCCUUCUUCACAGAGGUGAACUGGAACAGCUUGCUGAGACAAAAGGCCGAGUUCAUCCCUCACCUGGAGUCGGAGGAGGACACCAGUUAUUUUGACACACGGUCCGAGCGCUACCACCAUGUGCAUUCCUACGAUGAGGACGAUACCAAUGACGAUGAGCCGGUGGAGUUACAUCGCUUUUCUUCGUGCUCGCCCCGCUUUAGUAAGGUGUACAGCAGUAUGGAGCAUCUGUCCCAGCUGGAGCAUAAAGCCCCAAGUGUAACUUUAAGGGAGCACAAAGUUCCAAGAGAGGAUCGAAUGGCCAAGAGAGAAAGCCUGGGGAGUUUUGCACUCCGGGACAAGAACUGGAGGACUGGAUCACCUGAGAUGAAGCGUUUGUCCUGCUCAGAGUCCUCCUUCACCGAGAGUGACUACAGUCCUCCAUCUGGGGCCCGAAGGCGCUUCUCUGCCCUCAUGGACACGCACCGCUUGGCUUCACCCCUUGAGGUCGAUUCUGAACAGUCCCUUUCUCGGGGCCAGCUUCCAGUGAAGGUCAGGGGCACCUCCCUGGAAGGAGCCAUGGGCGCCAUCUCCUCGCAAGGGGAUCUGAGGACGUUCCUCAAGGAAAGCAAUGGAUUCGCACCCGCAGCCGGCGCUGCCGUUCUGGGGCUUCCGGAGCCCCAAGGGCCUCGAGGGGCCACCACGGACUUGGUGCUGCGGAGAGUUCGGCACCAGCAGCUUUCAGCCGAGGGAGAGAAACGCAACUCUCGACCAGGACAUAAAGUGAUCAAAUCUGCUUCCGCAACAGCUUUGUCCGUCAUCAUUCCAGCAGUGGAGCAACACGGCGCCUCCCCCCUAGCCAGCCCGAUGUCUCCUCGCUCGCUCUCGUCCAACCCCUCCUCUCGAGACUCCUCACCCAGUCGAGAUUACUGUCCCGUCGUAAAUGUCCUGCAUUCCCCAAUCACCAUCCAUCGCUCUGGGAAGAAGUAUGGCUUCACUCUCCGAGCGAUACGAGUCUACAUCGGAGACAGUGACGUCUACAGCGUACACCAUAUGGUCUGGCAUGUGGAGGACGGAGGCCCCGCCCAAGAGGCCGGACUGAGCGCCGGUGAUCUCAUCACUCAUGUAAACGGAGAGUCGGUUCACGGUCUGGUCCAUACAGAGGUGGUGGAGCUCAUCCUGAAGAGUGGAAACAAGGUGACCGUUACGACGACUCCCUUUGAGAACACCUCCAUAAAAGUGGGCCCCGCACGCAAGAGCAGCUAUAAAUGCAAAAUGGCACGCCGCAGCAAGAGACCGGCAGCCAAAGAGGGUCAAGAUAAGAAGCGCAGCUCCCUGUUCCGAAAAAUCACCAAGCAGUCCAAUUUGCUGCACACCAGUCGAAGCCUCUCCUCUUUGAAUCGCUCGCUCUCAUCUGGGGACAGUCUACCCGCGUCUCCCACCCACAGCUUCUGCGCCCGCUCACCCACUCAGAGUUAUCGAUCCAGCACUCUGGAGUCUGCGUACAUGGGCACUUCCUCGCAGAGCAGCUCCCCUGCAUCAAGCACCCCAAACUCCCCAGCCACUUCGCACCACAUGAGGCCCAGCUCUCUCCAUGGCUUAUCGCCCAAACUUCACCGCCAGUACCGCUCAGCUCGCUGCAAAUCCGCCGGCAACAUUCCCUUAUCGCCUUUAGCCCACACCCCCUCCCCCACCACGUCUUCUCCCCCGCCCCUGAGCGGCCACACGGUAGGCAGCUCCAACACCACGCAAACGUUCCCCGUCAAGCUGCACUCCUCGCCACCCGUCGCCCGUCCUCGUCCCAAGAGUGCCGAGCCACCCAGAUCGCCGCUCCUGCAGCGAGUGCAAUCGGCGGAGAAGCUCGGGGGGCCCGUUCCGCCUUCGUCCUCCUCAUCGUCGUCGUCGCCUUCCCCUCUGACGGCGGGCGCGUGCCUACGCAAGCACAGUCUGGAGGUGACGCACGGGGACUACAGAAGAGAAUCCUUCCACUGUGAACACAGCCUACAGAGUCUGCUUGAAAUGGAGGGCGAGAAUGGACCCGCCCCGCCUUCUCCCUCAUCCUCUUCGUCCCCGUCCCCUUCUCCACCUCCCGGAGGGGAAAGCAAUACUUUGAAGCCCGUUAGAAGACUGGGCAGGCAGGAAUCGCCACUCAGCCGUGACGCAAUGGUGCCGGUAACGGAGAAAGAUACUCAAACCACGGCCUGUGAUCUUCUAAGGUCCAGUCCUGAGCCCAAAACAACAAAAAGUCAAUCCACAGUUGACCCGAACACGACAUUCUCCAUCUCUGGGGCUCAACGGGGUUCAGCUGUAAUCGAGACCAUCUCUUUCGUAGCGGUGGCAGCGGCAGCCGCGUCCCCCGCCGAGACCAAGCCGAAACAGGGGCUCAAACCUGAAAAGGCAAACGCCGUGACUUCUGAGGGUACCGUCUCUCGGAGCAAACCUUGUGAGAAAGUCUCCACUCCAGGGUCAACUAAGUGCCUCCAACCGCAAGAGAGAAAGCCGAAGGAUUCUCACGCGGAAACGGUCUCUUCGAGUCAAACUUUAGGGAACGCCGAAGACAAAACCAAAUCCGUCGCGGGUGCAGACAAAGGUUGCUGUCGCAAAGGAUCGACGACGGAGUCAACCAAACCUCGUAAGGCCACCGAGUCCGUUGAAAAAGAAGGCGGUCGUGGUGAUAAAAAAACGGAGAUGACCAGGAUUAAAGGUCCCGCGCCUCCCCUUCCGGCCCCGGUGCGGCUCCACGGGGUAACAAAUGUACCUGUUGCCAUCGGCGCCAAAGUGGAAAGAGCAUCAAAGAGCUAUCGGGGAGCCAAGGAGGAUAAGGCGCACCUGGAGGUGUUGGAAGAAAACGCCAUCUCCCCUUCUUCUAACGCAUCCUCAUCCUGUUCCGGCAAGCCGCGCGCCACGUCUCCUGGCGAUCGAGGCAGCUUUGUCACGCAACUCACAAGCGUCGCCAAAACGGUACUUGGGCCUAUGAAAGGAGGCUUACAAGACUCUUCCAAGGUCAAAGACGCCUCUAAGUCAAGCGAGGAAAAGCGAGGCAGUCCAGCGGGAAAAGCGGAGGCUUCUAAUGCGGCCGCACGCCGCGGCGCUCCAACAACACCUGCUGGGGGCGCUCUCCAGAUGGAUAAAGGAAACAAUCGCGGCUCAAAGCAUCAUUCGUGAUCAAGAAGCAGAAGAAGCCGAGCCUCCAAUGCAUUGCCUUUUACUGUAGAAGCAUCCAAACAUAUCAUCUAAAUUAACACCUUUUUAAUCUUAACGUAAACGCCUGAAGAGAAAUAAACUGCAAUUGAAACGUUGAACAUAAUGGGAGGAAAGAAAAAAAAAGAUGCAUCAUUCACUGUUCGAAAAUGUGUGCGCACUGUUGUGUAUUAUAGGCCUGUGGAUGUCUUUGUCACAAUGUGCUGUAGAUAUAUAUAUUUUUUAAAAACUUUGCAUGUUGUACAUGGAAACAUAAGAAAUUCAAAAAGCAGAUGGAAUUUA